AUGGCGAAGAUCCAUUGGCGAGAGAACAACGAGAUUGAGUCUUGUUUCCUUCCUCAUAAAUUGGGAUCAAGUUCUGUUUCAGUCCUUCUUCUGACUUUCCAUGUCCAAUAUGCCGACUCGCUGUGAAAUCCUCUGCGAGCUCCUCAUCGCCAUCUUGCUUCCUCCCCUGGGCGUUUGCUUAAGGCAUGGCUGCUGCAGCGUUGAAUUCAUCAUCUGCUUGAUCCUGACCUUACUAGGCUAUAUUCCAGGGAUAAUUUAUGCCCUUUAUGCCAUUGUUUUUGUUGAUCGUGACCAGUACUUUGAUGAAUAUAGGCGUCCUCUGUAUUAUGCAUAGAACCUGGUGCUUUCCUGUUGCUUCCCUAUUCAUUGUUUACACUGUAAUGUCACGAGCCUGCCUCUUGUGAACAAGAUGGAUAUCCGUUCUCCAUUUUCAUUGAGACCGAAAUCAGUCAAUGUAUGUUUUACUUUCAGUGGUGCUGGGAGGUUCAUCUUAAAGUAUCUAAGUACAGUCAUCUUCUUAAAUGAUAUUGAUCGUGUAAUUGAAAUAAACUUGGGGAAAGGAAAAUAGGAAAGAAUUUAUAUGCCUUGCUCAAAUAAGUAGUUCAUGUAAUGACUUGUUAUGUAUUUGUGCUUCAACAAUUCUUUUCUUAUCAGGAUUCCGCUAUGUUGAUAUAUGUCUGCCAUUGAUUUA